UAAAAAACAAUUCGGAUAAUCCUAUAGUUCACGAAAGUUUAAAGGAGUUUUUAAGACAAACGCAAUUCCCUCCUCCGCUCGCGCGCCUCCGCCUCUCUCACGCGCUGACGUUGCGCGUGCGCCUCGCUUUAUGACGCGCGCGCGGCAGCAGCAGCGUUGGCCCUUCAGCUGAUGAGGAGGAGACCAGCCACGGCCGCGGCUUUAGCUUUAAAUAUCGUCUCUACGCUUCGGCACGGGGACGGGCGUCGCGGCGAGAGGUGAUAGACCGUUUCUGUUGGUUGUCAACCGGCUACAUCCCGGUUUAUGCUGCACAACAACAACAACAAACACACGAACGAGCGCCGUCGGAGCGGAUAGCACCUGCCGCGAAGCAUGGACAACAAAGCCUGAGCCAGCGAAAACCGGGCCAGCCUGCGGACGGUUCUCAUACCGAAUGGUUUUUUGGAGGCAUAUGUGAGUUUUUAUGCUGUGCUUGCGGGGACUACGUGCACCAGCUGCGGUGUUUGGACCUCCAUGUUGUAGGCCGAACCCCACCGAUGAGUAACUGGCUCGUUUAAUUAUAGCGACGCUCGUGCGCGUUUUUUUUUGCCUCGGCUCUGACACCUAGUUCACACCAGACGUUAAUUGGGCCGUCCUCGACUUUUUAAAAAAUAUUCUACAAUCGUUUCCAAACACAGAAACACGUCCGUGUGGGACCAGACUGCCAGCAUCAGCCGUCCUGUGUUCAAUGUGCCUCUAAAAAAUAAAAUAAAAAAUCCACCGAAUAUGUGGGUCAGUCCAGAAGAUGUGUUACUGGCAGGAGCGUUAUGGAUCACCGAGAGAGCAAACCCAUAUUUCAUCCUCCAGAGACGAAAGGGACACGGCGAUGGAGGCGGAGGACUGGCCGGUUUGCUCGUUGGGACCUUGGAUGUCGUUCUGGACUCGAGUGCUCGAAUGGCCCCUUACAGGAUUCUCUACCAAACGCCUGACUCUUUAGUUUACUGGAUCAUUGCUCAUGGAACCUCCCGCAAAGAGAUCACGGAGCACUGGGAGUGGCUGGAGCACAACCUGCUGCAGACUCUCUCCAUCUUUGAGAAUGAAAACGACAUUACCACCUUCGUCAAAGGCAAGGUUCAGGGCAUCAUUGCAGAGUUUAACAAGAACCACGAUGUUAAAGAAGAUGAUGACACAGAUAAGUUCAAGGAGGCUAGCGCUAAGUUUCGUAAGCUGUUCGGCAUGCCCGAUGAAGAGAAGCUUGUCAACUAUUACUCGUGCAGUUACUGGAAGGGGAAAGUGCCUCGACAAGGCUGGCUUUACCUCAGCAUCAACCACCUCUGCUUUUAUUCCUAUUUACUCGGAAAAGAAGUCAAAUUGGUGGUUCGCUGGGCAGAUAUCACCCAACUGGAGAAGAGUGCCACCCUCCUGCUCCCUGAUGUGAUUAAGGUGAACACCCGCUCCAACGAGCACGUCUUCUCUGUCUUCCUCAACAUCAAUGAGACGUUCAAGUUGGCAGAGCAGCUGGCAAACAUUGCCAUGCGCCAGCUUCUGGACAACAAAGGCUUUGAGCAGGAUCGCUCGCUCCCAAAGCUCAAAAAGAAGUCACCCAAGAAGGUGUCUGCGUUGAAGAGGGAUCUGGAUGCGAGAGCUAAGAGUGAACGUUACAGAGCACUCUUUCGUCUGCCCAAAGAUGAAAAGCUGGAUGGACACACAGACUGCACCCUGUGGACUCCUUUUAACAAGAUGCACAUUCUUGGGCAGAUGUUUGUUUCCACCAACUACAUUUGUUUUACCAGCAAAGAGGAGACGCUCUGUAGCCUCAUCAUCCCACUGCGUGAGGUGACCAUCGUGGAGAAGGCGGACAGCUCAAAUGUGCUGCCUAGCCCGCUCUCCAUCAGCACCAAGAAUCGCAUGACCUUCCUGUUUGCUAACCUGAAAGACCGAGACUUCCUGGUGCAGAGGAUCUCUGACUUCUUGCAGCAAACCACCUCCAAGAUCUACCUGGAAAGGGAGCUCACUGGUAGCCUUAACAGCUCAGAUGAUGAGGUGUACUCCCAGCACGGAUCCCUUCUCUCCAGCAGUCCCCAGCACAGUUUGGGUUCAGAGGUUGAGCGCUCCUUUAACCUGAAUGACAGCAGCGUGCCCACAGCGUCAGAAGCUCUCAUGACAAUGUAUCGUCGCCGUUCACCUGAGGAGUUUAAUCCCAAACUGGCAAAGGAGUUCCUGAAGGAGCAGGCGUGGAAGAACCACUUUACUGAGUACGGAGAGGGAGUGUGUAUGUACCGCACCGAGAAGACAAAGGAACUUGUUCUCAAGGGGAUUCCUGAGGGCAUGAGAGGAGAGCUUUGGCUGCUCUUCUCUGGGGCCAUCAAUGAGAUGACCACUCACCCAGGGUACUAUGAAGAUCUGGUGGAGAAAUCAAUGGGCAAGUACAACCUGGCUACUGAGGAGAUUGAGAGGGACCUGCACCGCUCUCUGCCUGAGCACCCAGCCUUCCAGAACGAGAUGGGCAUCGCAGCUCUCCGCAGGGUCCUCACCGCCUACGCAUUCAGAAAUCCCAACAUCGGAUACUGUCAGGCUAUGAACAUUGUGACAUCGGUGCUGCUGCUUUACGCCAAAGAGGAGGAAGCUUUUUGGCUGCUUGUGGCUCUCUGUGAGAGGAUGCUGCCAGACUAUUAUAACACCAGAGUCGUAGGAGCCCUUGUUGAUCAGGGUGUAUUCGAGGAGCUUGCCCGCGAGUAUGUUCCCCAACUGUAUGACUGCAUGCAGGACCUUGGAGUCAUCUCUACUAUUUCACUCUCCUGGUUCCUCACACUGUUCCUGUCCGUCAUGCCAUUUGAGAGUGCGGUGGUGGUGGUAGACUGUUUCUUCUAUGAUGGCAUCAAGGUCAUCUUUCAGCUGGCACUCUCUGUGCUGCAUGCCAACAUCCACCAGCUGCUGAGCUGCAAAGACGACGGGGAGGCCAUGACAGUUCUGGGGAGGUACCUGGACAGUGUGACCAAUAAAGACAGCACCCUCCCACCUAUCCCCCACCUACACUCUUUGCUGACAGAUAACGGAGAACCACAUCCAGAGGUUGACAUCUUCAAACUAGUCCGCAGCUCCUAUGAGAAAUUUGGCACAAUCCGUGCAGAUGUGAUUGAACAGAUGCGUUUCAAACAGAGACUGAGGGUCAUUCAAACCAUUGAAGAUACAACUAAACGGAAUGUGGUCAGAACUAUUGUAACUGAGACAGCUUUCAGUAUUGAUGAGUUGGAGGAACUCUAUGUCCUCUUUAAGACAGAGCACCUGACCAGCUGUUACUGGGGAGGCAGCAGCAACCCAACAGAGCGUCAUGACCCCAGCCUGCCCUAUCUGGAGCAGUACCGCAUCGAUGUGGAGCAGUUUAAGGGCCUGUUCAAGCUGCUGUUCCCCUGGGCCAAUGGAGCCCACUCAGACCCACUGGCUGUGCGCUUCUUCCGUCUCCUGGAUGAAAACGUAGAUGCCCUCAUCAACUUCCGUGAAUUCAUCAAUGGUUUGGGCGUUUUGUGUCAUGGGGACCUUAUCGAGAAGCUAAAGCUCCUUUACAAGAUGCAUGUCUUACCAGAGAUCUCUAAUGAACAAGAGGAGCCCGACUCUGCCUUCGAAGCCACUCAGUACUUUUUUGAGGACAUUGCACCUGAAACAUCCAUCAGUCAGGACUCAAAGUACAGAAGUGAAAAAGAUGAUGGUUUUGUCAGAGUUACGUUCAAGACAGAAAAAGUGAAGAAACUGAACACUCCCGAUUACCGUCAUUACCUGAAGCUGUGGAGCCAGGAGAGCAAACCCAAACGAGAAAACGUAAAAGACUUCCCAAAGCUGAAUCAGAGCCAGUUCAUUGAGCUGUGCAAGACCCUCUACAGCAUGUUCAGCGAGGAUGUAGCAGAACAGGAGCUGUAUCACGCCACGGCAACAGUUACCAGUCUGCUACUGGAAAUGGGAGAAGUAGGGAAGCUCUUCUCCUCUUCAGGCAGAACGGAUCACAACCAGGAGGACAAACCAGAGCUGAGCAUGUGCCAGAGAGGCUUCCUGGAUCUCAAACCUACCCAGGAUGGACAUGAUCUUGAAGAUGUUUUUGCCCCUGUUGGGCAGAAGAGCAAGGCGAGCCCUGAUGAUGAGGGGAAAGGGGGUGAAGGGAGCGAGCUGCUGCCCCCCAUGCAAGACAUUAAGCUGGAGGACUCCUCCCCUAAAGACACUGGCACCUCAUCCGCCAUGCUCAUCUCGGACGAUGAAACCAAAGACGACACCUCUGUGUCGUCGUACUCCGUGCUGAGCGCCGGCUCGCACGAGCUGGACGACAAGCUGCACUGCGAGGACAUCUCAGACGACACGGUGCUGGUGCGCAGCGACCACUGCGCCAACCAGGAGAGGAGCGGGCGGCCCAGCGGCGGGAGCGCGCCCGACAGGGGGCUGCCCCACAGCACCAGCAUAGACAAGGACUGGGCCAUCACGUUCGAGCAGUUCCUGGCCUCAGUCCUCACCGAGCAGGCUCUGGUGCGUUACUUUGAGAAGCCCGUGGAGGUGGCCGCCCGCAUCACCAACGCAAAGAACGUGCGGAAGGUGGGGCGCCCCCUACUGUCAACCAGUGACUAUGAGAUCUCGCUCUCCGGAUGAGGUUUCGGAAAAGGAUUUGUCAGGUUUUCCCAGGAGAGAAGGAUAGUCAAUCAGCUGCUUUUUUUUUGUUUGUUUUUUCAGAAGAAUUAAGGUCAGUGUAAAAAUGUGAUUGUAUAGUAGUCAAAGGAAUGUGACCAAAACCACUUUAAGCAAAGCGUUUUAUCAGAACUGAAAGACUUUUAACAUAGCAAUCAGUGGAUUCUGUCCAGUGAAGAUUGAACAGAACAUUAAUGUUUGAUCUGCUCUGAAAUUGGUGUGCACACGUAGUAGCUGUACUUUAUGAGACAUUAAGCAUAGGUGUUAAUAUGGUAAUCUCUCGUACUCCUAGGCUAUGUAGAUGUAAAUGUCCACAGAUACCGUGCGGUUCUAUCCCAUAUCCCAGACUGGGAUAUUCAUAGUCUAUUGUGCAUACGAUAACUUAUCUCUGCGUUUGGUCAAGCAGUCGCUUCCCUAUUUUACGAUUCCAUUUGCUGCUAAUUAUUACUGUUUCAGUUUCCUAUGAAAAUAUGCUAAAUUGCGAAGAAAAGCUGGGGACAUUCAGUGAUAAAUUUGAAAUUAUUUGAUGCUGUGCAACUCUACAGACCACUUUAAUUCAGAGGGACACUCGCACAAUGUUGACCCUCUUGUUUUUUUUUUCUUGUCACAUAACUGUGACUUUCUCCUUAAAAGAAAAGUUCUCUGUAUUUACUUAACUUUUCAUUUCCCAGUUAAAUUUUUUUUUACUUUAACAUCAGGUGAAUAUUAUCUAUCAUGCUCUUCUCCUAAAGGAAAGCAAUUCAUGACCAGUUCUGGUGGACAAAAAUUGUCCGAGCUGUUUCAAAAGCCUAAAGGAGAAAAUGACACUAAAAUGCUGUUAAGAGCCUGCACCUUCUUUAUAGUUACACCAUGAAGUGAUUCACUAAUACACAUUCACUUGCCUUUUGCCAAGAUUUUAUUGUUUGCUCUCCAAAUGUUUUUUUUAAACAUUUUUGUUCAAUACAUUUUUAUCUUUUUUUCAUUUAGUUGUUUUAUGUGACUACAUUGAAUUGUUGAUUUUGGUGCAUUAUGUAUCACUCCAUCUUAUUAAAACUACAGUGUCACUAAUGUAGUGUUGUCCUCAGGCCUUUUAUUCACGACAUCAUUAAUCUACAGGAAGACCGAGGACACGCUGUGUGUCGCUGCCAUCUGGUGGAGGAGAUGGUAGUCCUAUCUCCAUUUAAUUUAGUUUGUUGCACUCUUUCACAGAAGCACAUGUGCGGUCUGGUUUUAAAUUUAAAUGGCUUUUUAGCUCACUUAAAGCAUGAUUUG